GGAAGAUACAGAGGACAGGAGAGAGAGAGAGCGCGCAGAGGACGGGCAGCACGCGGAGGUUCUGGCUGCAGACUGCUCGGGACCCGGUCCGCCGCUCCAGACGCAGCAGAUCCAGCAGAGAGUCUCUAAAGACCCUUGCAGACGGGUAACAUCAAAGUCAUUAGAAGUCCGGAGAACCCUGGUUUGGUGGCUACAUGCUCACUUCUCGUUGGCUUUGAGAAAGACGCCUGCGCUUAUCAGAAGGAAUCAUGGAUUUUGUCAUGAAACAAGCUUUAGGAGGAGCCACCAAAGACAUGGGGAAGAUGCUGGGUGGGGAGGAGGAGAAGGACCCGGACGCAGCCAAAAAGGAAGAGGAGCGGCAGGAGGCGCUGAGGCAGCAGGAAGAGGAGAGGAAAGCCAAACAUGCCCGCAUGGAGGCAGAAAGAGAAAAAGUACGACAGACCAUCAGGGACAAGUAUGGACUGAAGAAAAAGGAAGAGAAGGAGGCGGAGGAGAAAGCGGCGAUGGAGCAGGCGUGCGAAGGCUCACUGACACGCCCGAAGAAGGCGAUCCCAAGGGGCUGCGGAGACGAUGACGAGGAAGAUGAGGAGAGCAUCUUUGACACUGUCCUCAAGUUUCUGCCUGGACCCCUACAGGAUAUGUUCAAGAAGUAAAAAACUAAAUCAAAGGAACCCUAAAUUCAGGGUCCAGUCUGGCCUAAGCCAGGCUGAAGGGCAGAGGGAGGAGGGAAUCUCAGUGUCGGGGACUUUGGGUAGAAACGUUAGAGAAAUUUAGACUGUUGGAAUCGGGGGACUUGAAUACGUUUGAAAAUUAAUAAGCAGGGAGACAGCACAGGUCAGGUUUGGGUCUUAUUGAGGUCUUUGGGAGUAUAAAGGAUCAGGAAGGGGGUUCUUGCCAAUCUGUUAGAGACUACACACUGCCUUUCUAGAACAUGUUACUUUAUUUUCUACUCUUGGAAGAUUUUGUCCUCCACAAUUACUAUUUAACAUUUUCAAAAUGACAAUUAGUACAUUUAUUAAAGUGUGAAAGAUUUCCCUCUUCUUGCCCACUCAAAUGAAUCGUUUUGACUGGCUGGUCAUCUGUUGCUAGGCGAAGUUGACCAUUGGACAGCAGUAUUCCCUUGAAGACGGGCAGUGGGUGCAUCGAUGCGUUUGUGCCUCUCACAGCACUGCCGAUCCUGUUUUUCCACUUUGAUGUUUGUCAAAGUUUAGUUAUUUCAGUGGCUAUUUUCUACUUUUAUGAGCUGGAUGUAAGUCUUUCUAUUGAAGCCAAAUCAGCAUUUAAGUUUGUUUUAUGUUUGUUUGUUUUGGACACGUGCCUUCAUAUCAUCUCCUCCAGAGAAAUUCUAGAUGAGGGUUUGCAUUUGUUCGUAACAUGUUGAUAUACUUUUGGAGCAGUCUAUUUGAUGGAUUGCUGUGUUGUAGGCAAAUUUAGAAUUUGUCGAGGUCACAAGGGAAACACGGUAAUUGUUGGA